CUGGGAUGGGGGGAGGUGGCAGUUCUCACACACACAGGGGCUCUAAGUGGCCCUGGAUAUGGAUUUUACUUCUUCUGCCCCCCCAUCCCACCCCAGGGCAGGAACUGGGUUCGGCGCGCGGAGAGGCCGUCACCGCUACGUGGCUGGAGAAUGGACGGCUCAGGAGGUCGGUGGACUCCACGGAUGAGAUGGCGCCCCCCCGAGGGGAGAUCCUGGUGACCGGCCAAAAAAGACGACUCGUCCUGGAGGUGGAGAAAAACCACCUCCUGCUGUCCCCCCGCUACACAGAGACCCAUUACACAUCUGAUGGACAGAGCGUGACAGUGACCCCAAACCUCACGGCUCAUUGUUAUUAUCACGGCCGGGUGCGGGGCCAGCGAGACUCCUCGGUCGCUCUCAGCACCUGCGCGGGGAUCAGCGGCCUGAUCGUACUGAACAGUAAUGACAGCUACUACCUGAAACCAGUGAACGCGUCAGGACACCCAACCCACGCGCUGCACCGCACGGACCACCUGCCCAUCUCAGGGGGCACCUGUGGACACGAGAGCCACGGGAAAGGAGCCACAGACCCACUGGGCAGCUUCCUGUCUGGGUCCGGCCAUCACAGGAUGAAGAGGAAUGUCUGGGGAGCCCAGAAAUACAUGGAGCUCUUUAUCGUUGCUGAUCACAGCCUGUAUCUCCGGCAGAGCAGGAACCUGGGUCUCACCAAACAGCGCAUCCUGGAUAUCGCAAACUAUGUGGACAAGUUCUACAUGUCCGUGAAUAUCAAGGUGGCCCUCAUAGGCCUCGAGGUCUGGACGGAAAGGGACCAAUGUGACGUGACGGACGACGCCAACCAGACCCUGUGGAACUUCUUACUGUGGAAGCAGAAGACCAAGAAGAAGCACGAUAAUGCCCAGCUCCUCACAGGCGUUAAAUUCAGAGGGACCACCAUUGGCAUGGCGCCGUUAGAAGGCAUGUGUACCCCCGAGAAUUCUGGGGGUGUCAGCAUGGACCACGCGGACAUCGCGAUCGGAGCCGCGGCCACCAUGGCUCACGAAAUCGGCCACAAUUUUGGCAUGAGCCACGACAAUGAUGGCUGCUGUGUGGAGGCCACACCAGAGCAAGGAGGCUGCAUUAUGGCGGCUGCUACUGGACAUCCGUUUCCGCGCAAGUUCAGCUCGUGCAGUCAGAGGCAGCUGCGGAGCUACUUCCAGAAAGGUGGCGGCAUGUGCCUCUUCAACAUGCCCAACACCAAGGACCUGGUGGCCGGCAGGAAGUGCGGGAACGGCUUCCUGGAGGACGGGGAGGAGUGUGACUGCGGGGAGCCGGAGGAAUGCACCAACCCGUGCUGUAACGCCAAUAACUGCACUCUGAAGGCAGGGGCUCAGUGCGCCCACGGGGACUGCUGCCAGGGCUGCCAGCUGAAGGCGGCGGGGACUCUGUGCCGCGAGAUGUCCGGGGCAUGCGACCUGCCCGAAUACUGCAAGGGAGAUGCGCCUUAUUGCCCCCCUAACGUCUAUAUGCUGGACGGCUCGCCCUGCGCCUACGACGAAGCGUACUGUUACAACGGCAUGUGCCUGACUCACCACCAGCAGUGCGUGGACCUCUGGGGCCCAGGUGCACUUCCGGCCCCCGACAGCUGCUUCAUAGCCGUCAAUAAAGCCGGUGACAAAUACGGGAACUGCGGCAAAAGAGGGCAGGACCAAUACGUGUCGUGUAGGACUGAGGACGCCAAGUGUGGGAAGAUCCAGUGCCAGAGCAGCGCCCAGAAGCCUAGGGACCGGGGGAUGGUUCCGAUGGACACCACGAUCUGGCACAACGGCUACGAAGUGAAGUGUCGGGGGACGCAUUCUUACUCCGUCCAGGAAGACGACGGCGACUCUUCGGACCCAGGACUGGUGAUGACCGGGACCAAGUGCGGAGACGGCAGGGUUUGCCGGGAUGGAAGAUGCCAAAACGCCUCCUUCUUUGAGUACGAUAAGUGCAUGUCGCAGUGCAACGGGAACGGGGUCUGCAACAGCAACAGAAACUGUCACUGCAACUCCGGCUGGGGACCCCCGUACUGCGACAAGCCGGGCCAGGGGGGCAGCGUGGACAGCGGGCCCGUCACCGAGAGCUUUCAUGAAGGUCUCGUGGUCUUCCUGCUUCUCCUGUUUCUUUUCGGGAUCUUCUACUGGUAUCGGCAGCCGGGCUCCAGCUUGAAGAAGUGUCUGAAUAAGAGCAAAGCCAAAUGCGGUUUGGGAAGAGCCACCCAGCAGAAGAGGCAUCGAGGUGACGCAGGCACCGUCUCCACCUUGUGCAGUUUCCCGACUCCUGGCAGAUCCCAGAACGGUGCCUGGGGGGCAUUCCAAGGAAAGGCUGCGGCUUCCCAGCCGGUGAAUAUUGUGCGCCCUCUCCGUCCUGCCCCCGGCCCGGUUACCAAGCCCUCUACAGAGUCAAAACCACUGAGACCUCCUCCACCCAACCAUCAACCAGCAAGACCUCCUCCCGUGUCACCCGUCAUCCACCAAAAGGAAGGCACAGCGCACGGCAAGCUGCUCCCACCCAAGAAGCCUCUCCCCACGUGCCCCGUCAAGACCCCUCAGCUGAACCCUCCACGCAAACCGUUACCCGGAAACCCCGCGCAGAAAGAGACGUUUCUGGUAAUGACUCCGGCCGCGAACCACAAGCCUGCGCUCACCAAUGCUGCCGUCCAGCUGAAGCCCCCACACCGGCCCAAACCAGGAGGCAAAGUUCAAGCUGCAGCAGCCGCCUUCCUCCAAAAGAAGUGAAGAACCCGGAGCCGAGAGGCACCCGGAGCCUUAAGAAACUGAAUUGCACUAUUAGGAAUAAAAUACUCGUUGGGGGUUAGUACUUGUCGUGUACGACGGACGGCACCCACCCCGCGCAGACACAACGCCUACUCUGCGUGUUGUACGCUGAGGUUCCCAUUGAAAGUCUUCUCCACUGGCAUCGGGAACCGAGGAGAAACCGCCAUGGCUGCUGGAAAGGGCUGUAUUCUUUGGUUUACCUUUCAAUGGUCGUAGUGCGGAUGCUACGAUUGCGCCUCAAAGUCCAUAAUACAGCCUGAAGCCCCACCGAGCUGCCUCGUUGUUUAAGACAAGCUACACUUGAUAUGGUUCUAGAUGAGUCAACUGGCUCGUCACUGUCCACCUGCUUCUCUGCUGCUGGAGCUACGACGCUGACUCCAUGGCGAAGGAUCUGGCAUAUCUGCUGGACCACGUGGAGUUAUCACCAAACGAGCGCCGAGCGGCGGACAUGCUUGCUGUUGUCUGCUUUGGUCUUGAUUGCGCAAAAGCCUGCAAACCGGGGGGGGGGGCGGUGGUUCAUUGAAAAGAUGAUUCAGUUGAACGCCCUGUGAUGAUAGCUAUAGGUCUAGGUCAUGGUUGGGAGAAUCCAACAAAGAUGAUACUUAUAGGUCCAAAUUAUGGUUGGGACAUUACAACAAAGAUGACACUGGCCAGAACGUGUCGUGUUUGGGUUCAUCCAACAAAGAUGAUAGUUAUAGGUCCAGGUCAUGGUUGGGAUAGUCCAACAAGGAUGAUGGUUAUUAGGUCUAAGUUAUGGUUGGGUUUGUCCAACAAAGAUGGCACUGGCCGGGACAUGUCGUGGUCGGGUUUGUCCAGCAAAGAGCCAUCUCAUUACCCGAUUCUUCUGCUGGAAGACAUGACCUUCUUGGUGAACAAACCUCGAUCCGACAAAUGGUGACUAUCACCGGGAGCACUUCUACUACCAGAGCCAUGACUAUACGUCCAGGAGUUUUAUUAGAGGGAUGAUAAGGCCAGGUUCUCAGGAGAAUAAAACCAAAGGAACCAACCACAAUGGUAACCGGUAAUCCAAACCACCAACAACUGGUCUGUGGACAAUAAAAAAGCGCUAGACACACAGCAGCAAAGAUGACAAUCAUCCGGGAAUGACAAUCCUCCAUAUUUAUCUGCCCACCAAGACGCUUUAGGAAACCCCAUGAUGAUCUCCCGUUCCGAGCUAUGGGUGACGUAACAAUCUGCCGGGUCAUCCAGACCCUCCGUUCUGUGGCCUUGUCUUUGAGCUUCCGGCUUCUGAAGAGGGUUCUCCCAGAUCCCGGAGAACCAAGAACCCUUAAAGGACAUCAGCGGAACCAUAGAUAUAAAAACGCACAUUUAGUCCAGGGAGGGGUGACGCCGGACGCAUGCCAUGCCGGUUACAAGGGGUUAAUGUGACCAGGUGCUGUGCAAUAUAGAGUAGUCUAUUCCACAUGGUGCUAUGACCUGCAGGCUGCACUGAUCUGAUACAUGCUACCUCUCCUGCUCUCCGGCCGCCAGUAUUAUCGCCAUUUCUGUCCAGGCCAAGUUGCUUUCAUGCCUAGCCGGGUCUAUGUUAGCGCUUUAACCCUUUGUCAACACAUUUUCCAGAGGGUUAAAUCUGACCCAAUUUCAACAUAUAUUCUACUUUAUGUGAAUCUCGACGAAGAUUUAGAUUAAGGCCGCUUAAUCUUCUAAUAUCCGAGAGAGAGAAAAAAAAAUGUAAAAAAAUCUUCCCAAGUGUGACCAAACCUGUCACAUGACCAGACGCGUCACAGUAACACGGGGGGGGGGGGCAAUCAGACAAUGUUCAGAUUAUUUUUUUUGUAUUUUAAAAAUUCCCUAUCCAGUUAAAAAAAAUAAUAAUAAUAUUCAAAAAUAUUUUAAUAAAUAUUUAUAAAGGAAAAUAAUUGAGAAGCCCCCGGAUACAUUGAGAAGGGGGUAGUUACUUGGGGCAUGGCUGACCCUGCCGGCCCCUGUAUAAUGCAUAAGGAAAGCCCCUGUGUCACGGCGUCAGCGACUCCAGGUACCGUUACUCUGCAGGAUGUUUACAGGCCUUUUAUAUACUGCGUAAUAUUUCAUCUGUGGUACGGAAAAUAUCAAAAUGUUAAUAAAAUGUACGUUUUUUUUAUACUUGAAAUAAACUUUUAUUAUCGA